AUGACGCGGCCGUCCACGUACAGACAUCCCGGCAGUCUGCUUUCUUUCUACGAGAUGCGUGUAUUCGGGGAAGACUUUAGCCGCCAGAAAAUCUCAGGAACCUCGACCACAGAAGUCAAGAGGUUUUCUUCUAUCAGCCGUCCCGUUCCCCGCGUUGCAUGUUCAUGCAGCUCUGAUGUCCGGAGCGCUGGUAUAGACGGUUUUUAUGGUUCCAUGAUGAGACCUAUUUUUCGCUCUUUCCCAUCACAUUUUCUACCUCUAUCGCUCCUUCCCCUGAGUUUUGCUGACUUGGAGGCUCCUUCCCUUAAUCUUGUUCACUUCUCGCUCCUUCCCCCACAAAAUACACCUCACAAUCUUUUUCACCUUCCGCCUUUCAUCUUCCAGCACUUGAGUGCUUGGCUGAUCAUUCUUAUGUCUGGAGUAUUUCCUCCUUUUUCGGAGAUACAGGUGGACCUGGGGCACGUGGAGAGCUUCGCUGCUGCCUUCUGUGGGCAACCACAGUCAAGGUAUCUUGGUCCAUCCUGUGUCCUUACACACUUUGCCUUGCAACAAUCAACAGCCCUCUCUUUUCAAACCGAUACAACAGCCAAAAGAAAAAGGGGUAGAAACCAGGAGAAGAACGCGAACAACCGGAAGAAACUGGGGAGACCGAAGAAACACCAACCGGAGCCGGAAUUCCAUUACUUUUCUCGCCUCCCCGCCGAACUCUGCGCUCACAUCUGGCGUCUGACCAUCCAGCCUCGCACCGUUUACCUCGAAGUCUGCGGCAAGUUCUGGUCUCGUCGUCCAGCCCGUCCAAGCCCCUAUCGACGCGAACCCCCGCCGAUGCAACUCCGUAUCUCACUCACCCUCCUCACCCCAACUCCGACCCCUCCGGUCUUGCAAGUGUGCCGCGAGUCCCGCGGGGAGCUGAUGAGGGCCGGCUAUACAACGGCUGGCUCUGAACUCGCCCCCGUUAACCAGUUCGAAGGAGAUACUGGGCAGCGCCGCUAUGUGUGGAUCAAUUGGGAGAUCGACACCCUCGACACCAGGGAGUUGAGGUGGAACAGUGGUUUUGAUUGCGGAUUUCCCAGUUAUGCCUCCUUCGCACCCCUUGUGAAGCAUCUCCAGUUUUCAAUACUGGGUGGUCCAAUGUGCGCAGCUGAAAUCAAAUACCUUUGGAAACUAAGUGCUUUCGAGAAGGUGAAAACGAUCUGCAUCACCUGCUACGAAGCGAGUGAGUUUAGGUUGGCGCCUGCGUGCUACGAUCCCUUAUGGCCUUGCGGCGCCGAAAAUGCGGUGGUACGCCAUACCACGUGGCCCCCGAGUCAGUGGGCGAAAGUUGAGGAAAUUAGCCUGCUGGAUUUGAGAGCCAAGGGGUACAGCAUGCCUGAUAUCAAUGACGUGAACAUGGAGAUAACGAUGAGGGCAUCAAAGAGUGGUGGGAGUAAUGGUUGA